AUGCAGGGUCGCUUCCCAGCGACUUUCCACUCGGCAGGAGAGCUUGCACAGAAACACUCCCAGAUCGAGGCAAAGCUGGAAAUGUGCCAUUUUGAAGUGGCCAGAAAGACCCCACUCAUGGCCAGAGGGGCCUUCAAGAAAGUGAUGUUGGAGUUAGAAGCGGAAGCCUCAUCAGAUCCCAGCUGCCUGGAUGAGUAUACCCGGGAUCCGCAGAAUGACCAGUUUUCCUUCAACUUGCUACAGGAGAAGGUACAGAGCUCCUGGGGCAGGGUCACCAAGUCGCUAGAAGCGCAAGGCAGCCGGAAGGCGGAACUGGAGGAGCGGCAGAGCGCUGCAUUGACGCGACGGACGGACUUGGCGGCGAAAGAAGAGGAGCUCACUUCAAAGCGCCAAGAGCUCGACUCCGAACUCGCAGAGGUAUCUCGUUUGGAGGCCCGGCGUGAUGAGCUCUUUCGCGAAGAGGGUGACUUGCAGCAAGCUGUGACCAACGAGCGACGGAAAGUUCGAGAACUGGAGAUGAGCCGAAAGGCGCCGUCGGCGGCGACGGCUGGAGCUUCAACCGGAAAGAAUUGGCGCGGUUCAAACGAGCCGGCCGCCUUCACCAUCUCCACGGGCCGGGAGGCCCAGGCCAAGGCACCCCUGCACCCAUCAAGUGUUGAAGCGCUUUGUGCACUUGACCUGGGCCAUUGCAGCCCACUGCAUCGAAGCUUUUCUGCCAUUGCCGAGCUGCCCAAAAUUCGUGAGGGGCUUGCAUGCACUGCCAUAGCCAGGCCAGAGGAGGCACUAAACCGUGCUCUGAAUAUGAGCGCCCAGGCCAAGGCACCCCUGCAUCCAUCAAGUGUUGAAGCGCUUUGUGCACUUGACCUGGGCCAUUGCAGCCCACUGCAUCGAAGCUUUUCUGCCAUUGCCGAGCUGCCCAAAAUUCGUGAGGGGCUUGCAUGCACUGCCAUAGCCAGGUUUCGCCGUGAUGCAUUGGACUGCACCAAGACCAAGGGGAAGACCCUGCUGGUGACCUCAUGUAGCCCGGGAAGGACCCAGAACUUUGAUGGAGCACUCCUCUCAGAGAAGUUGCAGGCACCCUCCUUGGACAUGAUUGUGAUGACGGAGGCCAGUGUGUCCAGAGUGGUCGGCGACCUUGGCGGCAUCACUGGCGGCCGCCGGGGCGACCGGGGCGAGGCCGCGAGUUUCUUCCGAAUGUUGGGCAAUCUGGUGCCCCCACACUCCUCCUCCAAGAUUCUGGUGGUCUGUGACCAGAGUGCGAUGGACAUUAUGGAGGAGCCGCGUUUCAAGGGCGACAAAGCCGAGCGCGCCGAGACAGCCUCCAUCAGCCUCGCUUCCUGGUCACUACCAGAGGAUGUACCACCAGGGCUGGCGGCGGUUUUACCAAUCGAUUGGCAAGGAAGGACCUUCUGCCAACUGCCGCAGAACAUCCCGGUGGUGUGGCUGGAACGACCAGAUCCAGAGGUGGUGAAGAAGAAACCCACGCCGUUGGUGUGCCGCCCUCCAAUGCCGCCCAUGGGUGCGUCGUCCUCACGCUGUGGCUGCGGCGGGCACUUGCAGAGUCCACUACUGGGGCAACGCGUGGAGAACAAGGAGUGGUUCGCCAAGAACGCCGAACUCAAACAGGUGCCGGGUAUGCUGGGUAUGCUGGGUAUGCCUGGUGUGACCGGGCAGUUGGAGCAAACGUGGCCUUCGUGGAGACGGUCGGGCCUUGCAAGUGAGGACUUUGCGAAGAAGGUCGGGCCUUGCAACGAGAACCUCGUGAAGGAGAUAGGGCUUUGCGUGGAGCGCCAGGAGUUGAUCCCGCGCUUCGAGAUGGCCAACAUGGAAGCCUUCCUCCAGGAGAUGAGGGGAUUUGCCAAUGCCACCACGCAAGCGGUGACACGGCUGUCCGAAAAGAAGCCAGGUGGGACCCUGGAAACGAUAGAUGCAAGGACACUUCAGAAGCCUGAAGUGUGGAGACCGAAGGACCACGAUGAUGAGAUGAAUGGGUGGCCAGAGUGGUCAUUCCUUUUCAAAACAUUCAUGGGAAUGUUGGACGCGGACUAUGAGCAGGACCUUGACCUCGUGGAGAACGACCUCAAGAAAGAGUUGAAGCUUGAGGACUACGGCGAGGACUACCGAGUGAGAGCGCGGAGACUCUACAGCUACUUGGUGUCCUACGUGAAGGGAAGACCGCUCAGGAUUGUCAGGGCGGUGACCACGAGCGACGGCUACAAGGCUUGGCAACACCUUUGCCGGGAGUUUCAACCAAAGACACGGCAGAGGACCCUUUGCAUGCUGCAGGCAAUCACUCAGUUUCCUGCCUUCGAGAAGGGCAAGAGCUUGGAAGGGCUGCUGGUGCUGGAGAAGUUAGUGGAGGACUAUGAGCGGUUCAGUGAGGAGAAGUUGAACAACGACUUGAAGGUGGCUACGUUGAUCAGGUGCUGCCCUCAGGUUCUACGACAGCACUUGGAGCUCACCCUCACCAAGGAGACGGACUACGCAACGAUCCGACAAGCCCUUACCGACUUCGAGCAGACGAGAUCGGCAUGGACUACGGAGAAGGUUUUGAAGCAAGCUCAGGAGUUUGCCAACCAGGACGACCCCAUGGACGUGGACAGGGAUUGCUGGGACAACGACAAGAAGGUCAGAAUGGUUGAGGAAGAGCAUAGCUCACCUUCAGUGUCUUCAUCGACCUCUACGACCUCUACGUCUCCAAGUACUACCUUGAGGACUCCUGGGAUGGUGCGGCGUGUGACGUGUGCCAUCAAGAAGUUGGUGACACCUCCAGGGAUGGUUCCCUGUGACAUCUACGACUUGGCCGAGGAGGAUGAUGAUGAUGUGGCUGGUGAGGACAGCCCUUUGAACGAGUUGAUUGAGGAGUACAACGUCUUUGCCAUUGUCGAGGACAACGUCCCUGAAGAGCAGGCCAAGUCUGUGGAGUUCCAAGCCAUUUUGGACCUUGGAGCUGAUGUCUCAGUUUUGCCAUUGAAGUUUGGCAAGUUUGCAGAAGCGACCAACGAUAGAUACCAGGCCUUGUUGCGCGACGCGCAGGGCAAUUUGAUCAAGAACUAUGGCAGAGUCUACUUGACGAUGCUUGUGGAGACUGAAGAUGGAGAGGUGAUCAGCUUAAAAGAGACGUUUGUGCUGGCCAAUGUGAAGCAGCCGUUGGUAGCAGUUGGGAAAUGGCUGAAGAAAGGUUGGAUGAUUCAACGUCGAGAAGAACAAGGACAAGCUCACUACUUGGCAAUUGGUCUACGCAGGAUCCCUUUGGUGUGGAAGGGAAACUCUUUGGCGUUCACCUUUGCGACCAAGGUCUUGGAGGUGAACUUCGUGGUCGAGCUGGGCACUGAGUUGGAGGAGUUGGCCAAGGAGAGAGGAUCUUGGGUGAUGGAAGAUGGGACACCCGUCUACAUCCUGAAGCGUGGCUCUACGUUUCAGGAACCUACUGUGCAGUUUGUCAUGGACAACUACCCCUACAGGACUACGCUGGUGAAGCUGGAGGAUGACCAAUGGCAUUGUGUAGAGUAUGAGGAGCACAAGGACCAGUGGAAAACAGGGCCAAUCCCUGAAGUGAAGGUGCCUACAAGGAUCAUUGCGAUCUUUCACCAGAAUGCUGUUCAACCUCAAGGAGCUGGGGAUUUCCUACCUCUUGAAGAACAACCUCACGCUGGACUAUCUCCUCUUGAAGAUGUUCAGAUGCAAGCUGAAGCUGCACAAGGAGGAGAUUUACUACCUGAAGGACCACCACCCGAAGAUGCUAUGGCCGACGAUGGAGCUGAAGUUCAAGGACCAGAUGGGGCUAUGGCUGACCAAGUGGGUGAUGGCCAUGUCAUCGUCAACGGUAAGAGGAUUGAGCAGACCAGCACCUUGAAGGUCAUGAGAGAAGCGUGUGUCUUCCUAGGUUUGGGGAAGAGUGGUGGAAAGAAAACCAUAUUUGCCAGACUUCAGGAGUACUGCCAAAGAGGUCAUGCUCGAUUGGCAGUUGAAGUUGCUCACCAACAGCAGCAACAAGACCGACGAGAACCUGAAGCUGGACCUGCUGUACCAGAGCUGCCAGAUGAAGAAACUCGAGCACGCCAUCGACUCACUCACCUACCCUUCGAAAGUUGGUGUGAAGAAUGUGUGGCUACAAGGAGCAGAGACAGUGAGCGACAUGAACGUCGGGAAGCACCAGUUCCUUCGAUAGCCCUGGACUACAUGUUCACCAGCACUCGUGCUGGUCACCAACAUGAGAGUGAGAUGCUGAAGCACUUGGUGGGUGUGGACAGUUGGACAAAAGCUAUCCUUUGCGUGCCGAUUCCUGGGAAAGGUGGACUUAGCUUGAAGAGAUGUGUUACUGCUGUGACUGCCUUUGCCCGGGACUAUGAGGAUGUGAUUCUCAAAGGAGAUGGUGAACCCGCCAUGAAGCAGUUGAUCGAAGCGGUCCAAGCAACCAGGACUGCUUUGAAGCAGAAGACGAAGGUGGAGUAUGCACCACCUGGACAUCACCAGUCCAACCCAGCAGAGCGUGCCAUUCAGACAACAAGGGUUUGGGCCUACAACCAUGCGGCUUGGCUCUACAACCGCUUCCACGUUAACGAUGGGAGCAAGCAGACCCCUUUUGAAGUUGCAGCAGAUCGGCCCUACCGAGGACGACUCACAGAGUUUGGCACUGCAGUCUAUGGUCAACCUCUACCUCACAAACCUCAACAACGAAAGGGAACCCCAAACUGGGAGAAAGGAGUCUUUGUUGGAAAACUUCCUGACUGUGACUUGUCAAUCGUCUGUGGAGUACGAGGACUAUUUCUCACCCGAGGAGUUCGACGAUGUGCUCAACAAUGGCAAGCAGACCUACUUGCAGUUGUUCGUGGACUACCUUGGGAAGAGCGUGAAACCCCUGGACCAAAACCUGGAAGAAAGAAGCAGUUGAGAGAAAGAGCUGCGAUGAUGGAAGAGGUGAUGGAGCACUACAGAGGAGAUGAAGAAGCACAAGCCAUUGCGCUAUAUGCGCGACAACGAGUAACAGAUGCCCUUGAUGCAGGUCAAGGACAAGCGGUAGAUGGCUCUGAGGAAGCACCUAGUGAAGCCUCAGGUGGACUACAGCAACAACCUGCUGAAGGAGUCGAAGCUGAAGGACAAGCCUCGCAGGCGGGGAUCGUCGAGGAUGAAGCAGAAGUUCAAGGAGGACAACAGCCUUUUGCAGUCAAGAGAGGACCAGAAGGAGCACAAGGAGAACCACAGCAAAAGCAUCCACGGGAAGGAACUUCGACACCGCUACCUUUUAAGCGUAUGGCGGUGGAUGAGCCUACUAUGGAGACACUGGGUACUACAAAAGCACUACGUCUUGCGGAUGCGAAGGAGCCUGUAGACAAAAGCUCAAGGACAACACCUACUACUUCGAUGCUUCCUUUGCCUACUUCGCCUACAUCCUCUUCACCUACGAGAUUGUCAGCUUCGCCAACGUUUGCUGGCAACUUGGGCAACAUCUCUCGAGUUCAACUUGGAGAAGAUGAAGUGGAGGUGGACGAGGAGUACAUCCUUGACCCUACGAAGUGGGGUGACUGGGAGAACCUGGACCUUUCUGAGUGGGACCGUUCGGAAGAUGAUGGACCGCCUAACUUGACCGACGAGGAGCUCUACGAGCUGGAUUUCGAGGCUGAGGAGAUCGAAAUUUCAAGGCUGUUGGAGAUGGGAGUUCUGAUCGCCGUGGACAAGGAGAACGUGAUUGACGAGACCUACAGAAAGCUCACCACCAAGCACGUGAAGGACUGGAGAUUUCGAGAUGGCCGAUGGCUUCGGAGAAGUCGACUUGUGGCGCGUGACUACAAGUUCUUGGAACCAGAGUUGGAAGGACUGUUCAGUCCAGCAUCCAACGCGUUGUCAACGAAGCUAUGGGCAGCAGUGGUUCAAUCUGCAGGUGGAGAACUCAACCUCUACUCUGCAGACAUUAAGGACGCUUACUUGAUGGUGGAGCAGGACGAGAAGGUCUACGUGACUAUGACUUCUGGGGUGCACUACAUUCUUGGACGGUGUCUACCUGGUCAACGAGUGGGAAGCAAGAGUUGGUAUGAUUUGCUGGCGUUGGUCAUCAAGGACUUUGGCUUGCUGACCUACAAAGCGAACCCUUCUGUGUUCUACAAGCCCAUCCUGAACAAGUUCGACAAGCCCCUUGUGGUUUCCACACAUGUGGACGACUUGCAAGUGAUGGGAACGGAGAAGGACGUAAACGACCUUUUCCAGCACUUCAAGGACCAGGGCUGGAAGUUACAAGUUGAAGGGCCCUGUGGACCUCACCUGAAUGGACAGUGUACCUUUCUCAAGAGGAAGUUUGUGACCGAUGGAGAUGGCAAUAUGUGGAUCAAGUUGAAUGACAAGUACAUCCACAAGUUGGUCGAAGAGUUGAACCUGGGGAACAACAAGAGCAAAGCUGUGCCUACAACCUCGAGUUUCAGGAAAGGCUACGAGUACCAGGCUUUGGCUUCAAAAGUGACCAACCCUGACGAGGGUGACUGGAAGGAGCUAAAGCAAGUUGUGCUCUACCUGAAGGACACGGCCGACUACGCUCAGCGCAUGAGGUUGAGGAGCUCUAUGGCAUCAUCUAUGAAGGAGAUGGCCUACAAGGACUUCGGCGAGGAGGUCACUACAAGUGCGUGCAAUGGGCCUUCGCUGUUGGAGGUCUACACUGAUGCUGAUUGGGCUGGAGAUCGAUCGACGAGACGGUCAUGUUCUUGCGCGGUGUUCUACCUCAACAACAACUACUUCUUUGCGGUGACCCGGACGCAGCGCAGUAUUGCUUUGAGCAGUGCUGAGUCGGAGUUUGUGGCGGCGGUGUCAGCGGCAGCCGGCGCGAUCUAUGUCAAGCGCUUGCUGGAGGCGGUGUUGAACACCACUGUCUUUUUGGAGAUGAGACUGGACAAUGCGGCGGCAAGAGCUCUACUUCAACGGCAAGGAGUUCAACGAACGAGGCACAUCGCUACUGGACUACUAUGGGUUCAAGACAAGGUUGCGCAGAAAGUUCUUUCAGUGAAACCUGUACCAGGACAAGCAAACCCAGCUGACCUUGGAACAAAGGGUCAUGGGCAGAAGAGGUUGAAAUUUUUGCUUGGCAUGUUGGGCUUUCAAGAUCGAAUUGGUGGAGAAGAAGUUGGAGUACAACGAGUUCAACGAGUUCGUCGAGACCUACUACCAGCUCUCUUUGCAGCCUUGGGCUCACUGGCUACGGGGAGUGCGACUGACGUUGAGGAGCUACAUGUGAGGAGUGUGAGAGAAGAACCGGAACCAGGAACAGAAGAGCCGGAACCAGAAGAAGAGACGAUUGAAGAAAAGAGAGUUCGCUACGAGUUCAGCACCCUUGAGGAAGUCUCCGAUGAGGACUUAUGGAUGGACAUUCAUGGAUGCACUGACAGCAGCGAGGAUGACGAGGACGAGGUGCAGAUCGAUGCUGAACGACAAGGCCAAGAAGGACUACGACUUCGACUACCUCGAGUUUAUCUUGGAGGUGGACAAAUGGCAGUUCGACUACCAGGACCUGUACCACCGGAUCCAUUCGAGGAGAUGAGUGAGAGUGAGAGAAGAGCGUUUACUCAAGCAGAAAACUGUUUCUUGGGGAUUGGAAAUGGAAGCAGUGAAGAAGGAGCAUUCUCCCCUGGACGUCCAGAAGAACCAGUGGGAGAAAUGGAUUCACCAAGGAACUACAUGGUGAAGGCGAGCAAGAAGUUGCUCACCCUUCUGAGAGCCGAACAAGAGAAAUCGCCAAAUGCUGAGCGUCAAGGCAAGAUCGAGGGCUACCUGAGAAGAUUGGAAGUCCUACGUUUUGCGUGGAAUAGUUUCAACGAAGGAAGAGCUUCACCUCGCGCAGUCCAGGACUUUGUGGACAACACCGUGACCUUUAACCUGGGCGAGGUGACCAUUGGAAUGGUGACAGAUGAAGAGGCCAGGGCUGAGAUAGCCUAUCAAGGCCUGUGGAGUGACAAUGGACCAGAAAGCACAAGAUCCAGGAGCGCCAGAGGAUCAAGCAGCCGAAACCAAGCCGAGGUCUUGCGAGAAGCUCGAGCUUGGGCCGACAGCGUAGCCUUGACCAAGACAGCACCUAGCAGCAGCAGUUUGCUACACCAGCAGGAGCGCUACGCUCAGCAGACUUCAUCUGGUGAUCACGAUGCAGCGUCGCGGAGUCCGGUUUCGAAACCGGAGAAACCGGCUCCACUCAGCGCGCGCGAAUCCAGGCGGAAGUUGGUGGAAUUGGGACAGAUGUGGGAGACGUGA